CUUGCAGGCGGUCAGCCUGGCCCGCAGGCCAGGCCUGGAGUGCCAGAGGGGACGUGCUGAUGGACGUCCAGCCUGCCCUCCUGCCGGGCCCUAUCUUCCCCGGGGGAGGCUCAGAGGUAUCCUGCUCCACCUUCAGGGAACUGGCAGGCUGCCGGCUCCCGGCUGCACAGACACGGCCCUUCCUGUUCCCACCCCUGCGGGGACAGCGCUGAGAGGCCCCUGGCAGUCCUUCUGCUGGCUCGGGUUCUGGGCGGGAAGGCUAGACCCCGAAGGAGAUUGGGUGGCCAAGAAGGAACCCCUGGGGUCUUGGAGGCAUCUGCUCAGUGAACAGCACUAGGCCCUGAGGGAGGGGAGGAGCCCGAAGGCUCGGGGCGAAGCCCUGGUCCUGAGGCCCAGGCUCUGCAGCCCUCCACACCUGAAGACACUGUGAGCCAUCUGCUCGGGCUCCACCCUGACCCAGCAGGCAGCCCAACCCGUGGAACCUGCUGGUUCUCCGCCCGCACUGGCUCCCAGGAGGCUGGGUCAGCCUGGGCCGCGGGAAGGGCCGAGGGUGCAGAGUGUUUUCCUCAGAGCUGACGGACUUUGUGGGUGGAAGACAGAACCGGUGUGGAGAUCCAGCUGUCCUGUUCCUGUCAGGCUCUCAGGUAGGGAGGCCAGACAGGGCUCCCAGCAUCAAGGGGCACAGGAACCUCCAGCCCCUAGUGGGGUGAGUGUUCAUCCUGGACAUAGGUGAGACGCAGUCAGGUACCCAGAGCCCAUGAAGCACCCCCACAGGUUUGCCAUGAGCCCCAGGCCCUUGGGGCACCCAGGAAGGUGGGUGCUGGGGUGAUUGGAGGCAGACCAAGGUGUGGACACUGGGAUGUCUGUGGAGUGACCUCAGAGACACAAGCAGAAUCCAGAGCCUGUUCCCACCUUGAGAACUUGAUCCUGGACCAUUUCCAGAAUGUUCCCUGGAGUGUUCCUUUGAGGGGAGGGCCUGUGGCAGUCUUCUGAAUGUGGUAAGACCUUUAGCCGAGCCACCCUUCUGUAUGGAAUGUGUGUAGGUCCAACAGCAGGAGGAAAGAUGGGUGUCCACCUGUGCAGCAGAUGCUGGCCCCACAGCCUGUACCCGAGCCUUAGAGUACAGCCACAAGCAAGGAAGAGAAGUCUAGUCUGCCCAGCCACCCUCCCACCUGCUCUGGCGCUCCUAUCUCUGUUUUCCCCAGUAUCUGUCUCCUCGUCUACUGUGUCAGAAGUGCCUACUGUCUCAGAGUCCGAGUUUCUCUUAGGAUCUACACUCCUCAUCAGAAUGUUGCCUUCACAGGGGGCUUCAGGUGCAACCAUGCUGAGGUAGCGCCUGUCUCUCAGAAGGAUUUCCCCACUGUGAAACAGGGAUUUUAGGGAAAGAAAUCAAAACAAAUAAGCAGGAAGCCUUGACAGAGGGGCCUGCUGCAAACAGGAGGCAGCUGGGGGUCCUCGGGUCAGGGGCUGACCUGAGUCAGCGGCAUGAAUGACAAGGAGGAGCCAUGCCCAAGUCUGUGGGUAUGGUCAGUCUGCGUCGGGUCUGUGAGAGAGCCUGUGGCUCUGGGGAGGGGGCACUCAGCGUAAGAGAACGGGGCUUCGUCAUGGGCAGACAGUUGCAGGACCCCAGCUAUUUCAACUGUUCCUCCAUCCUCCCACCUCCCUGAAAGAAAUGAGCUACAGAGAGAGCUGACCCAGCAGAGGACCCACAAGCUCUGUGUGGAACUGUUUUAGUUUGUGUUAGAAAAUGGAUGGCUUGGAGGCGGAGUUCAACCUGAAGUUUGUGCUGGUCAGCUUCCAGCAAUGUCUCAGCGAGGAGGAAGAAGUACUGCUGGACCACUACAUCGCCGGCUGGAAGGAGCUGGUCAGGUUUCUGAAUAGCCUAGGCACCAUCUUCUCCUUCAUCUCAAAGGAUGUGGUCUCCAAGCUGCAGAUUAUGGAGCGUCUACGGAGCAGCCCCCAACAUGAGCACUACAUGAGCCUGCAGUCCAUGGUGGCCUACGAGGUGGGCAAUAAGCUGGUGGACCUCGAUCGCCGCUCCCGCCACCCAACCUCAGGCUGCCGGACCUUGCUGCGCCUGCACCGAGCUCUGCGCUGGCUACAACUGUUCCUGGAGGGCCUGCGCACCAGCCCUGAGGACGCGCGCACCUCCGCACUCUGUACCGACUCCUACAAUGCCUCUCUGGCCGCCUACCACCCCUGGAUUGUGCGCCAGGCAGUCACCGUGGCCUUCUGCACCCUGCCCACACGCAAGAUCUUCCUCGAGGCCAUGAACGUGGGGUCCCCGGAGCACGCUGUGGAGAUGCUGGGCGAAGCCCUGCCCUUCAUCGAGCGUGUGUACGAAGUCUCCCAGAAAGUCUAUGCAGAACACUCCCUGUUGGACUUGCCAUAGUGGCCACUCCCAGGCUGGGUGGGCUUCCCCUGCUGGAGAGCUGGACUUGGGCAGCCAGGGCCCAGGCACUCCACAACAAAGCUUUCUGGGUGCCACCCUCACCCCUGCAAGCUGAGCUUAUUGAGAGCCAUCAGCUGACAGGAAAGGCAGGCAGCUGGCCUAGGAGAGGUGGUACAAGCCCUCCUCUGGGCCCAGAAUGAGACCCUCCUCAGUUACAAGAGUGCUCAGUCGAGCCUCACUGAGGUGUGGAGACUGGGGGUGGUGGGGGCGCAUAAUCCUGCAUGAGCAACAGCCUGGUGACUGCCCUA